GUCCUCGUGCGCUGUGGAAGGAGGCUGUGGAGAGCACAGCCGCGGCGUUGGUGGCUGCAGCUGAGGCUUGAGCCAGAGAUUUAAAAAUGGACAAUGAUGAUUUUCUUUCCAUGGACUUUAAAGAAGUUACUGAAAACCUGGUUACAAAUGAUAAUUCACCUAACGUACCAGAGGCAAUUGAUAGACUCUUCAAUGACAUAGCAAAUAUCAACAGGGAGUCUAUGGCUGAAAUGUCAGACACUCAGAUUGAAGAAAUAGCAGUAAACCUAUGGAACUGGGCACUUACCAAGAGAGGAGGUUUUCAUAUAAACGAAGAGCAGAAAACUAAAAUACAUUAUGUUGCCUGCAAGUUGCUCAGUAUGUGUGAAGCCUCAUUUGCCUCAGAACAAGGUAUUCAACGACUCAUUAUGAUGAAUAUGAAAAUAGGAAAAGGGUGGUUGGAUGUUGGAAAUUUUUUAAUUGCUGAUGAAUGUUUUCAAGCUGCUGAGGUGAGUCUGGAGCAAUUAUACACGAAAUUAAUUCAGAGGAGCUCCCCUGAGACUGACUUGACCUUGGAGAAGAUGGCUGUUGAGAAAGACCACUUCAGAGUGCUUUCUUACCAAGCAGAGUCAGCAGUUUUUCAAGGGGAUUUUCAAAGAGCAUCUAUGUGUGUACUGCAAUGUAAAGAUAUGUUGGUGAAGCUCCCUGAAAUGAUUUCAUAUCUUCAUGAACUCUGUUGCAACUUUGGAUCAGAAACCCAGAAGAAUAAUAAAUAUGAAGAAAGUUCUUUCUGGCUUAGCCAAAGCUAUGAUAUUGGGAAGAUGGAUAAGGAUUCUACUGAUCCAGAAACGCUGGCUAAAGUUCUACGGUUAUUAGCCACCAAUUAUUUGGAUUGGGAUGACACCAAAUAUUAUGAUAAGGCUCUCAAUGCUAUAAACCUAGCAAACAAGGAACAUUUAAAUUCUACCGGGCUUUUCUUAAAAAUGAAAAUCCUCUUGAGAGGUGAAACAUCUAAUGAAGAACUCCUUGAAGCUGUCAUGGAAAUACUGCAUCUUGACAUGCCCUUAGACUUCUGUCUGAAUAUUGCUAAACUGCUGAUGGAUCAUGAAAGAGAAUCCGUUGGGUUUCAUUUCCUGGAUGUUAUUCGUGAACGUUGUAACUCAUCAGAAAAUAUUGGAAAAGCUCACCUAUUCUAUAUUGACAUGCUUUUACAAAGAAAGGAAGAACAGCUUGCCAAGGAGAAGAUUGAAGAAAUCAUUUUAGCUCACCAAACAGGAAGACAACUGACAGCAGAAUUAAUGAUCUGGCUACACAACAUUCUGUGGAGAAAAGCUGCCAGUAGUUUUGAGGUACAAAAUUACGCUGAUGCCCUACACUGGUACUAUUAUUCUCUGAAGUUUUAUUCACCUAGUGAAAUGGAUGUGGACUUCGCCAAGCUGCAGAGGAACAUGGCUUGCUGUUACCUGAAUUUGCAACAACUUGAUAAGGCCAAAGAGGCAGUGGCAGAAGCUGAACGACAUGAUCCUAGAAACAUUUUCACUCAAUUUUAUGUAUUCAAGAUUGCAGUCAUGGAGGGCAACUCUGAAAGAGGUAUAAAUUUUAUUUGUGAUAUAUAUUUGACUA